UUCUUUUAAGAAACGUCAUACGUCAAUGUAUCCAGAUUUUGGCUGAUGCAAUAAAAGAAAAUUGUUCUUUUCAUAAAUUUUGUAAGGAACUUAUUAAAAAGUGAAUUUUUUUAAUAAUUUGGAAUUGCUAUUGUUGAAAUCAAGUCAAUAUGGCUGAAGAUGAAGCGAUAUUUGAUCCUACAUUGAAGAAAAAAAAGAAAAAGAAGAAGACCACCUUUGAUAUUGAAGCGGCUUUGGCAGAUGGAAACGACACACAGGAGAAUGGAAAUGGAGACGUGGAAACUAAAGAAGAGGAACCCAAGCUACAGAAAGACGAAGAUGCAGAGGACGUGGAUUUGGAUCUAGACUUCACAAAAAAGAAGAAAAAGAAGAAGAAACCUUUUAGUACUGAAGAACUAGAUGCUGCACUCAAUGAUAUAAACAUUGAAACCACCAAUGAGACUGCAAACAAUGAAGAGGGUGUUGAUGACAAUUUUGACAUGGAUAUGAUAGAUUUCAGUAAAAUGAAAAAGAAGAAGAAAAAGAAAGAUUUAGAUGAUAUAAUGGCCGAGACUGAAGAAAGGGAUGAUAAAGAAAAUAUGGAAGACAAUUUGAAUCAGUGGAGCGGUUCAGAUCGAGACUAUACUUAUGAUGAACUACUAAACCGUGCCUUCGAAAUAAUGCGUGACAAAAAUCCCGACAUGGCUGCUGGAAAAAAACAGAAAUUUGUCAUGAGGCCGCCUCAGGUAGUGCGUAUAGGUACCAAGAAAACUUCCUUUGCCAAUUUUACAGAAAUAUGCAAGAUGCUCCAUCGUCAACCCAAACAUUUGUUGGACUUUUUAUUAGCUGAGUUAGGUACCAGCGGGUCUGUGGAUGGAAAUAGCCAGUUGAUUAUCAAGGGAAGGUUCCAACAGAAGCAAAUAGAAAAUGUUCUUAGAAGGUAUAUCAAAGAAUAUGUCACAUGCCACACGUGUAGGUCUCCAGAUACAAUUCUUCAGAAAGAUACUAGGUUAUUCUUCCUCCAAUGUGAAACCUGUGGGUCAAGGUGCUCGGUAGCUAGUAUCAAAUCGGGUUUCCAGGCUGUUACAGCAAAACGUGCCGCAAUCCGUGCAAAGACCGCCUAGGUCUUUUUUCAUCGCAAUAUGCAAUUUAUUUAUACACAGAUAAAAUGAUCACUGAUUUUUAUGUAACAUAUGAGUGUGGGUAUGUUGAUAUUUGUACCAUAUAUUAGUGAAUUGUUGAAUACAUAAAACAACCACCAGCUGUGUUUGAUUCAAUGAAAUUUUUUUACUCCAUACAAAUAUUUUAAAUAAUUCUUUCAGGCUUGGGAUUUUUUUAAAUUUGUUUUUUGUUCACAACAAAGUGGUCCUGCUUGAAUUGAUUUUUAAUCGAAGUACUAAUUAGUGUGAUUGUUAUGUAUUCAAAAACAAUAUUGAAAUUUAAAUGAUUUCGAAGAUGAGACAAUACUUUGCACAUCUUAACAUACAAUCAAGUGUUUCAUUGGAAUGUGAAAAUAAACAUUUUAGGCCUA